AUGACCGAGUCAUAUCGCCCGCUUGUACCAGGUCCUAUGUCUGAUGAUCAUGACCGUAACCAUGACGAUGAUGACCGUGGAAGUCCCGCUCCUGAUGAAGGGAAGGGAUCGAGUGGAACAUGGAAGAAGAGGGUUUCAACAGCCUGUCUGGCUUGUAAAAAGUCAAAACGGAAGUGCUCAGGAAUAGCCCCCUGCAAAAAUUGCCUAACCUUCAAAAGGACCUGCAUCUUCGACGAAAGCCUCGACCAACGCCGCCGCGUCGCUGCCAAACGCACAGCUGACGAACUAAGCUAUCACCGCGACCUCUUACAGGAUCUGUUCAGGUUAAUUCGUGAAGGGAAUGAGUCCCAUGCCUUGCAGUUGUUGGAUAUAAUUCGGGAUAAUGCGCCGUCUGAUCAGAUCCGGGCGUUUAUUGAGGAGACACUUGCAGGUCUGGCGAAGAGUGGUUCUAAUCCUGCUUUGGUGUCCAUAUCUACAUCAAAAUCAGCAUCUGGUCCUGCGCCAGGGUCGAUAUCCGGAUCUGCUUUGGGAUCAACGUCUACCUCAACGCCGGAGUCGAAAUCUAUGUCGGCAAAAACAGAGACUGAAAAAGAGACAGCUGCUAAGUUGGAGGAUAUGCGCAACCUGAUCAACGUGGAAGGGUCAAGCCCGACUUUCAGACGGAAGGUUAUGGAUAUUCAUUUCCUCUGUGAUGAUGCGCCUUGUUCUGUUCCUGCGAAGCCUUGGACGAGUGUUACCCAAGACUCGGAUCUGGUGUCUCAUCUUGUGUCGUUGUAUUUUGCUUGGGAUUGGCCGCUUAAUGCGUUCUUGGAUCAGGAGGUCUUCUUGAGGCAUAUGGCUCGUGGUGAUCUGGGUUCUGAGUUUUGUUCGCCCUUUUUGGUUAAUGCUGUUCUCAGUAAUGCUUGUUAUUUCUCUGAGUUCUCUGAGGCUUAUGUUGUUCCUGGGGAUAUAUCUUCCAAGGGAAAAGAUUUCCUUGCUGAGGCUGAGAGGUUGAGGAAUGAAGAACCUGAGCAGCCUAGUUUGGCGGGGCUGCAGGGGACGUUGUUGAUGUAUGAGAGGUAUGCAAUGUCUCGCGAAGAUGACCUCGGAUACAUCAUGCUUCACCAGGCCAUUCGCAUAGGCGAGUCACUUGGCCUUGUGGGCAGCAAGGGGCCCAGGCUGGCUCUCAGUGAAUUAUCCAAGGACAUGGGGAUAUCGUGCAAAAGAACAGCCUGGGGGUUAUUCAACGUCGACACCAUGGUUCACACAGGAUUCCUUCGUCCCAGUCUGAUCGAUCAUGUCAAUAUGACCCGGAUUGACCGCAAUGCCACCGAAGAUCAAGUUAUAUGGCGCCCCUAUCCCACCCAUCGCGAUCCUCGCCCGUCGCUGUUUAGUCAAUGCUUCGAUGAAGCGUGCAAUUUGUCCACGAUCGCUCGUGAUAUCUCGCGCAGUAUGUUCGCAGCCCACCGGACGAAUAAUGCCAUUAAAUCCGUUCAAUUACACAGUCGGGAAGAAUUAUACGACCGUAUUCGUCGUUGGCAUGAUCUCCUCCCUGUCGACUUUAGCACACAGGCUCACCCGGCCCCGCAUAUCAUCUUGCUGAAAAUGCGCUACCAUGCCCUGAUAAUCAAUCUCUUCAGCUGCAUCUCCGACGACGAAGUCCCACUGCCAGCCUUCGAGCCCAAAACUCCAGAAAGCUCGCCCCGCGACACCCCCGAGCCCAAAUACAACGCGGGAGAAGUAACUCAAACAGCCGCACGGGGCAUCGCAGCCCUAACCAGGCUGCACCGCCGUGAGUUCGGAGUCAGUCGCGCCCACCAAUUCGCCAUGUAUGCGAUGAACCUGGCUCUAUUCACGAUGUUGGAACAAAGCACCUUCGAUGUACUCGACGAGGAUUUCCUCUCGCUUUCCAGUGCAUUCUCCGUUGUCGCAAGUCGCUCCGCACUAGGUCGGAAUCUGUUCCAUAUUUUUCGGCAGUCUGUUCGGGCCAAGGCACAGGGUCAUCGGAUUCGAGACGCUGUUGCUGUCUCCGACGAAUUGAAGGAUUUGUUUGAUGAGGAUUCUUCUGGAAGAGGCCAUAGUCGAUUUGAUGAUUAUGCCGAAGGACUGGAGAAGCUUAAUCGCGAUGCCAAGUAUCAUGGGAUCGGGGGUGAGGGUGUGCUUGGGCUGCAGGAAUAUCCUGGGCUUGGACUCUCGGAUAUGCUGGAUCGCUACGAGAGUUUGAGUUUGGCCUUGAAAAUUGUGAGAGUUUUUAUCACACAGUACACGCAUUCAUGUCGGACCUUCACCAUGGACAAUCGCGACGAAGAAAACCCGCCUGAUCCCAGCUUCGGCUCCUGGAGUUGGGUGCCACCUAUGAGUCCAGUUCCAGCAGACCAACAACCAUAUCCGACGCCGAAUCCUUUCUCGCCGUCUUUCCAGACCCCUAAUGCGCCUUCUUACCCACAGCCUUACCCGUCGGCAGCAUCAUCUUCAUCUUCUGCGCCGGGAUCCGCCUUCAGAGCCGCGCCAAAGGUGGCAAUUCCGCGCCUGGCGGGCUCCGAGACAGGUCUUGGCGGGCGCCGCCGCUCCGCUCGAGCUUGUGAGCCUUGUCGCCAGCGAAAGAUCAAGUGCGACGGGCUCAGGCCGUCCUGUGGCCAAUGUAUCUAUCACAGCCACCGGUGUUCUUACGAGGACGUAAAACGAGUCCGCGACCAGAAACGGCUAGGUACGUUGGCCAAGCGCGUCGAAGCAUACGAGGCCCUUUUACGAGAAUUGGAGGGAGAGGUUGAUUUGCCUACCGCGCGACAGAUCAGGAAAGUAUUACAGGCCAAGAAUGUAAAUACUGAGAAGAACGACGAUGCCUCCGAUGAUUCCUCUACCUCCUUGGGUUCGCUCGAUGCGAUCGACCAGGUCGAUGAAGACCUGAACCGGAACGAGAGUAGCCGCGCUGCGGGCUUCUUUGGAAAGAACUCGGAGGUCAAUUGGAUUCGCAAGUUGGAGAGUGGAGUGAGGAUGACCAGUCCGCCAGGUGAUUCUGGUACUUCUGGGAGUUCGCUGAAUCCUUUCCAUCCGGACAGUCAGGACUCCGCUCAGCGACAGAGUCUCGAAAGGGUUCUUCCUACCUCCAUGAUGGAUUAUCACCUCGACAAUAUGGAAAUUCCGUUCCUCGAACACUGCGAUCCUUAUGCUUUGCCUCCCCGAGAGCUGGCUGAUCGAUAUUUCGAUGCAUACUUGACAUAUGUCCAUCCGACUUUUGGUGUUAUUCGAAAGUCCAACUUCCUUUCUCAGUAUCAGAAAUUCUUUGAGAAUAUGUCCACCACGCCGCGUCCGCGCAAGUGGCAGGCUAUUUUGAACAUGAUAUUCGCUAUUGGCAGUCGACAUUGUCGACUAAUGGAAAAUAUCCACAGCAUGAGCGAAGAGGAUCUGGUCUUCCUAAGCAGAGCGCGGCUCCUAGGCUUCGAUUCCGGCGUGCUGUUCGAGCACAGCGAUCUCCAGCAGAUCCAACUAGAAGCUUUGAUGUCGAUAUACCUCCUCUGCCUAGGACAGGUCAACAGGGCAUCUAAAUUCUCCAGCAUGGCUCUCCGCUCAGCGCUAUCCUUGGGGAUCAAUCUCCGUCUCACCGACACCCAAACCCCAGAAACCGCGAAAGAAGCCCGUGGCCGUCUUUGGUGGUCCAUCUACUCCCUAGAACACCUCAUCACAUCAGUGACUGGCCGCGCCUCCGGCGUAACAGAAAGCAUCUGCUCUGUACCGGCCCCAUUCCCCUGCGAGGAAGAAACCUUCGAACACCCCGAAGCAAAGCGUCUUCUCCAAGACCCAAUCCUGCGCGAAACCCAUCUCCGCCCAACUCUCUUCGAAGCAUCUAGCCAGGGCCACCCUCAUUCAUGGACAACAGCCUGCCCACCAUGUCCAUCCCUCUUCUUCUACCAGCUCGUCGACUUAAGCCUCAUCACCCAAGCCCUCAUGAACAAAGUCUACAGCAUCGAAGGCCUCCGCAAAGGCCCCUCUAGAAUCGAAUACCACGUACAGAAAUUCGGUCUAAAAAUGGAUUACUGGCUCGCUAAAUUACCCCCAGCGUACCAAUUUACUCUCCCAGACGCUGGCCCCUGGCACCUCAACCACCCCCAACUAGACGACCUAGCCGCGCCAUACGUCCGCGAACGCGUCUGUCUAGCAAUGAACUAUUACUCUGCCAGGAUCACCCUCUGCAGACCAUGUCUCACCCACAUCCACCCAAACACAAACACCCGCUCCUCAACAUCUCCAAACCCAAACGCGGACCUAUCCUCCCGCACCAAACUUCGUGUCGAAAUGGCCACGCAUUGUCUCCAAGCCGCCUGUGCUCUCAUCUCCAUCUUACCCGAGACUCCUAACCUCCCAUGGUUAGCGCGCACCGCACCCUGGUGGUCCGUCCUCCAUUUCAUAAUGCAGGCAACAACAGCCCUGCUCCUGGGAUUAUCCUACCGUUCCUACAACACCGGAGUACAAUUUCAACGACAAACCCCCUCUGACCCGCUUACGCCUGGAACACCCAGUUCGGCUGGAAUUCCGUAUCCGCCACUUCUAGAAACGGAUCUUGGGACGGCGAUUGCUUCGGCUAAGAAAGCUAUGCUUUGGAUUCAUGCUACCUCGCAGGUGGAUAUAGCGUCGCGGAGGGCGUUUCUUCUUUGUGAAAAUGUGGUUAAGAGGAUUGCGCCUGGGCUGGGUAUUGAUUUGAGGGAUUGGCCGGAUGGGAGUGCGUUUGUUGUUGAUUUUAGGGAGGGGAGGAGUCGGGGGUCUAGUGGGAAUGUAAGUCGGGCGAGUGAGGGUGAUGGGAAUGGGAAUCUGGGAAAUAGUCGGAAUAGUAAUGGGAGUGAAUGUGGGAGUGGUAUGGAGUCUUUUGAGGAGUUGGUUGAUUUUGAGGGUGGUGUUUUUUAG